AUGGUGUCUUCAGAAGACUUCAGCUUCCCAGAGAUGACCAGCCCUCUUCCUCACUUGGCAAUCUCACCGUCAUUAUGGCGUGUAUCUUCCCUAGUUUAUCCGGAUUGUCGCGAAAAAGAUGGUGGAAGAGAGUUAGAUAUUAUUUCCAGCAAAAGCUUCUCCUUUGCAGCAAGUGAAGUGAAGAUGGAGAGCAGCGAAGAGAAGAUGGAUAUGCUAUGGGAGAACUUCAAUGAAGAGGAGCUUCUAAGGGUUUCUUCUACUUCCUUGGGCAGUAAGAAACAACAUUCAGAUGAUAGUUUGGAUUCUGAACCUGGAAGAGGAGUGAAUCAGCUUUGUUGUGCCAAGAAAGAGUUGAAGAUGCCCAAAUCAGAGAAAAAUAUUAGCCUCAUAAGUGCUCCUGCUCAGCAUAAGAGACAUAGUGUUGUUGUGAUGUUCAAGCAUCUGAAGAAGAUUUUCUUGCUUCGUAGCUCAUCUUCAGAUCCAACAAAGAAUCAUAAAAAAAAUUGUAAGGGACAAAACAGCGGUUGGACUACUUUGUGUCUUUGCCCAACGCUCAUACCAUUGGCCUUCCUAACAAACAAACCUUUGUCUGGACCAAGUCUGGGAGAGUCAGUAGCAGAAGAGAGAGAGAUGGAUUUGGAAUCAGUGAAGAGAUACUUAGAGACGGGAGGAUUUAAAGAUGACAAGAACGCGUCGACCAUUGAAGAAAUGCCUUUCAGAUUUUUUGAAAAAUUCAUAAUGCAAGGCCUUCAUGUUGAUCUCAUUGAACCAGGCCGUGUUGUUUGCUCCAUGAAAGUCCCUCCUCGUCUUCUGAAUGGUGGCAAUUUCUUGCACGGUGGGGCUACAGCCACUUUGGUCGACUUGGUAGGGUCUGCUGCAAUGUUCACAGUUGGAGCUCCCGUAACUGGAGUUUCUGUAGAAAUCAACGUUUCAUACUUGGAUGCUGCUUUUGCUGAUGAAGAAAUCGAGAUUGAAUCCAGGGUUCUACGUGUGGGAAAAGCUGUAGGAGUAGUCACUGUGGAGUUGAAGAAGAAAAAGACUGGGAAAAUUGUUGCUCAAGGGCGUCAUACUAAGUACCUAGCUAUCCCUAGUAAAAUGUAA